CUCUAUCCUGCAUACUGCAUAUUCAAAUCCCCUCAGGUUGCAUCGAAAUCUUCAUUUCAAUUACAUUUUGAUUACCUUUUGAUUACAAUGGCGGCGGCUCAGGUACAAUCUCUACUUCGCUUCCUAUCACAGGAUGCCAAAGUGCCACUUGCGUCCGCAAUGGGUAAAGUCAUGGAACUUCAGAAGGCCGCCCUAAUAACUCCUGAGCAGAUCUCUAAAUCAGAACUCGAAGUUCUCCAGGACAUCUUUAAGGAUGACAAGCUGGCCAAACAAGUCAUAAACGCCGCGAAGAGAGUGUGCAAAAAGCGAGGCUCAUCUGCUGAAGACACCCCGGCUCCCUCAAAAAGAGUCAAAGGUUCUUCUCGCACAAUUGAAUCCAGCACCCCCUUUGACACAGAAUGUGCGCUGGCUCUUCCCGAGUCGAGUAUUCCAGAAGAAGAUCUGUCCAACAUUACCCUGAUCACAAACCGAGCACCACUCGUGCUUGCAUUUGCUGUGUGCGUGUUAAGAUAUACAAUGCCCGAGCAGCCGAUUUCUAGCAGACUGAGUCUUGCUCAGGCUGUGGUAAGUGCUAACAGUCGAUCGAAAGCCGUGAGCUUGGGCAUUGAGAGUGAGCCCUCCCCUGAAGCAGAAGGAUGGGGAGAGGGCCAGCCGGUAGUGAAGAUCUUGGGCAGAGAGGUGAAGGUGCUGAAGAGAUGGGACUAUGAUUCAAGAGAGGGUCGGCCGCCGAAUGAAGGCACUGAGCCGGAUGCGAACACUCCUGUCGUAUCCGAUGAUGUUUUGGGACAUGUGUCCCAGGACGAAUCAGGCAGGGCACCGCCACUCUGGGGUAUUGAUACGGAGGCCAUGCGGAAAGCCCAGAGCUCAGACCAGGAUGUGAAAGUGGACAAGCCUUUGUCUAUCUUCACUCCUGAUUCAGCACGAUCAUAUUUGCAUAAGGCAUUCACCAAGGCUUCUGAUGAAGACGUACCCUCACGCAGGACAGCCGCAAAGAAUGCCUCCCUCCUGGAAGCAGAAAAGGAGGAAUGUCUCGCGCAUCUUCUACACGCCAUUCACAUUGUCUGCCAGUCCUGGGCUUCCAGUCUCGCCAGGGACGAAUUGGACCGACGUGCAUGGGCCUGGUACUUGCGUGUCCGGCCGGCAGUUCAGAGUGGGACAGGAGGCUGGGGCCAGAAAGGACCAGUCAGAUUAUCUGAUAUUCUAGCUCUGAAGAGACAGUCGUGAUUGUAGAUACAAUUUUAACAAUGACUGGGUAUGUGACGAGACGGGCCUUGUCAGGCUGGGAUUAGGCAAUAGGCCGAUUCAGCAACAGCUGACGAAGUCCCC